AUGGCUGCUCGUGCAUUUAAAAAGUUUGCCCCUCUUUAUGACCGUGUUUUGGUACAACGUUUUGAAGCUGAAACCAGAAGUAAAGGUGGGAUCAUGAUACCGGAGAAAGCUAAAGGCAAGGUUCUUGAAGCAACUGUGGUUGCACAUGGUCCUGGAUCGAGAAAUGAAAAAGGUGAAGUUGUUCCUGUGUGUGUCAAUGUUGGUGACAAAGUUUUCCUUCCUGAAUACGGUGGUACUAAAGUCGUAUUGGACGAAAAUGAGUAUUUCCUAUUCCGAGAAACUGACAUUUUGGCCAAGUUCGAAAAUUGA